AUGUGCACAGAGGCAAAGAAGGUAGUCCUUGCAACCUACCAAUUGCAAGGCAAUGCUAACACUUGGUGGAAAGCCACCAGAGGUAUGAUAUUCCCUGAAGGUGUAGUCCCAGAGUGGAACACAUUUGUUGAAGUCUUUAACAGCAAGUAUUUUUCUGAGACUACCAAAGAAUUGAAGAUAGCAGAAUUUCAGCACCUUCGCCAAGGCUCAAUGACGGUAGAUCGACAUGAGGCGAAGUUCGCUGAACUAUCGCAGUACGCUCCUGAACUGGUUGAGAAUCCAACAAAUCGAGUUAGGAGAUUCAGGGAUGGACUCAGGCCGGAAUUGAGGAGUCUGCUAAUAUUGCUCAACCUGAGGAAUUAUAACGACUUGUAUGAGCGGGUCCAGAUGAUAAAGAGAGAUCAAAACGAAAGAGCCACCGCAUCUGGGUCGCGGUUCGGAUCAAAUCGAGAUGGGAAUCAGUAUAGGAAGAAGCCCAUGCCCGGAGGAAGAUUCCAAAUCCCGCCCAAUAGGAAGGGUGGAGUUAGCAAGGCAGGGCCAAGCUAG